GUUGGCCGCGCAGGAGCAGCCGGACGGGACCCGGGGAGUGACUGGCUGAGAGGCAGCAGCCGGGGCAGGUGCCGGCUGCCCACGUGUGCGGGCGGCUCUCCCGCGGACCCUAUGUGUGUGGCCCGGGAGCGCUCUCCCGCUGUGCUGCUUCGCCGGGCGCCCUCGGGAUGCGGAAUCUGCUGCUCCUUCUCUUCGCCGCCUGCUGCAGCGUGGGGCCGGUGAAUGGCAUCCACCCAGAAUGCAGAUUUCAGCUGGAGAUUCAUGAGGAGGAAAUAAGAUGUAUGGAACUUCUAAACAGUGGCAAAACAGUGGCGUUUAAAGGAUGCGUUGGAGUUUGGGAUAACAUUACUUGCUGGCGCCCUGCUGAAAUUGGAGAGACUGUCAGUGUCCCUUGUCCAAAAGUAUUUAGCCACCUUUUCAGCAAACCAGGAAAUAUUAGCAAAAAUUGUACAAGUGACGGAUGGUCAGAGAUAUUUCCAGAUUACAUAAGCGCUUGUGGUUAUCAUGACAAUGGUGAUGAUAGUAAGAUUAAUUUCUACGUACUAGUGAGGGCAAUCUACACCCUUGGACAUAGUGCGUCUCUGAUUGCUCUAACGACAGGAAGUAUAAUUCUUUGCCUUUUCAGAAAACUUCACUGCACGCGGAACUACAUCCAUCUGAACUUGUUCCUCUCUUUCAUUCUAAGAGCAAUCUCUGUUUUAGUCAAGGAUGAUAUUCUUUAUUCCAAUUCCAACACAGCUCACUGUUCAGAGGAUCAGUCGUCAUGGGUUGGCUGCAAGGCUAGUUUGGUAUUUUUCCAAUAUUGUGUUAUGGCAAACUUUUACUGGCUCUUAGUUGAAGGACUUUACCUCCACAUCCUCCUUGUGGUAAUAUUCUCUCCUAACAGACAUUUCACAGCCUAUCUUCUGAUUGGCUGGGGAAUUCCUACAGUAUUCAUCAUCUUGUGGACAGUGACAAGGAUCUUUUUAGAGGACACUGGUUGCUGGGAUACAAAUGAUCACAGUGGUCCUUGGUGGGUUAUACGAUUACCAAUUUUAAUUUCUAUUAUAGUGAAUUUUAUACUUUUCAUUAGUAUUAUAAGAAUUUUACUGCAAAAGUUAAGAUCGCCCGAUGUCGGAGGCAAUGAUCAGUCACAAUACAAGAGACUUGCAAAAUCAACAUUGCUGCUUAUUCCGUUAUUUGGAGUUCACUACAUGGUGUUUGCUGUAUUUCCUAUACGCAUUUCCAGUCACUAUCAGAUAAUUUUUGAGUUAUGUUUGGGAUCUUUUCAGGGGCUGGUUGUUGCAGUCCUGUACUGCUUUUUGAACAGUGAAGUCCAAGGUGAGUUGAAAAGGAAAUGGCGGAGUUUGUGUUUGAGCCAGACAGUGGGCCGCGACUACAGACUCCAUAGCUGUUCUGUUUCUCGAAAUGGCUCAGAAAGUGUCUCCCAGCUCCAUCGGAAUUCAGAGGCGCAGUCUUCUAUGCAGACGGAGACCACAGUGAUAUAAACCAUGUAGCUCAAACUAAAGACUAUGGGACAUAUCACUAUAUGGAGCUCCAUGUAAUAUUUUCUAAAAUGAACCAUUUAUGCUUUGCUUUUCUACAUAUUGACGUCUGGAGAAUGGCCUGGUGCAGUAAAUCAGGUAACAGAUGGGCAGGCAGCUUUGCAGACAUUUUGGCUUAGCUCUCCAAAGGCAUUUAGCUGCCUAACCCCCAUUGAUUUGAAAGCAGUAGUAGUUAGGCCCGAAAUACCUUUGGAGAUCUGAGCCUUUGUGAUUUUAUUUAGUCCUAUUCACAUUACAUUCUGAUGUUCUCCUGUCAUUUGUACUAGAAGUAACUAUUCUAAAUAUAAUUUAUUUUAAUGCUCUAUUUCUAUUUAUAUAUCUCUCUAAUAUGUAAUGUAUGCUGAAUCCCACUCAAUGUAUGUUGUUUUGGUCCAUGUUUAAGGAAGUAGGGUGGGAGGUGAGAGAGAAUAUCGUAUAUACCAUCUAUACUUAAUAGAAUGUUUCUUUCACACAGACGCUAGACCCUACUAUAGCAAACAAAAUUGAAAUAGAGAUAUUUAGGGCCAUAUGUUUGUUCUUGAUCCCCAUAUGGAAAUCCAGUUGAUGGCGGUGGGAAUUUAGCAUACAGAUGAAGGGCAUUAUGAGUCCAUAUUUUGCACAGAAGAAAAUGUUAGUCCUUCUUAGCUCCUUACAUAAAUCCUAUUUCAAUUCAGAGCUACCUCACUGCAAUAUUUGAUCCUAAGGGCUUGAUCCUGCUUUCCUGCACGAGUGCCCACUUCUACAUAUCUUAAUGCAGAAUGUGGGGCUAGCCCUGCAGUCCUUACAGGAAAGCCCAUUGCACAGUAGUGGUCAUCAUUAAACAGUCAGCAUUUGCCAAUAGUGGUAUCUGAGAUUACUAGAGUUUUACCCCAUACUAAAAAUCAAAGAUAUCUCUGGUAACUGUGUGGUAACAUUUGGCAAAUGUUAAUGUUUUUAAUGACUUUUACUCCAUCUGAUUUUUUUCUACCUAGCUGACAGUCAGG